GAUUUCUCCAUUGCUGUCUGCCGUCUCACUAGUCUGGCUCCUUGUACAUAGCUCGUCUGUCACGUCAUACCCCUUCCGUUCACUGUGUCUGCGAAUCACGGUCAUUUUCGUCUGUCUUCAAAGUAAUUAGUUGCAACUUGUUGGAAUUGGUUGUGUCAUGUCUACAAAGAAACACUCGCCAAGGCGCAGGAAGACACCAUUGCAAGAUAGUCAGAGUUGCCCACCUAGCAAAAGAGGGAGGCAGGUUGUCACCUGCGCUAAUUGUAGGAAAUCCAAGCGACCGUGCGAUGGCAGGCAACCCUGCCGCACUUGUCAGGAGCAUAAUACAGUUAUGGAGUGCACCUGCGACACGCGAGAUCUCAAUAAACGACCCCUAGAGGAAUACCCGGAGAUACAGGCGGGACUUGGGAGGAUUGGAGAACUGGAAGUAUCCGUCAAGAUUAUCGCUGGACAACCAGUCAGUGAUGAGAUGUUGCGCUGUGCGGCCCAGAGCUGGCAUUCCCCUCCCACAGCAGAGCUGGUGCAACGUCUAUCGGACCUCUCUAUCCAAAUGUUAUCCCCGUAUAAUUCUGAGAUUCUAUCGUCUAUUCAAAAGAUGUCCGCUAAUGCCGAGCUACACGACAAAAUUAGAAGUCUCAGACAAGUAUGCAAGGAUGGAGGCAACGCGUUCAAGAUUGCCACCGACGCAUUCCCGAAGAACACCGUCUUUGCGCCUCCUCACGAUCCUGAAGAAGACAGCGAUCCUACGGCCGGCGACGAGUUUGAAUCGUGUUAUCCCACGUCGUACCCGGAACGUGAAGAAGCCCCAACCUAUUCACUCAACGUUCGGAGUCCAUUUCACAACCAGAGUUUGUCAACUGGCGUUCCCAUCCCUCCCCCUAUGAUUCUGGCUUCCAACAAUAUUCCUACCCUGUCACCGGAUGGUACAUCCAUCUCCGCAUAUGAACCGGAAACCCCUCUCCUUCCUCACCUGUUCCAUCUUUUCGGCAAUAUGGAUGACAUGCCGUUCAACUCAAGUGAACAAACUUUCCGAUACAAACCUCGUGUUGAUAUGCCCGUUUUUUAACUGAUCUCAAUCGGACUUACGACUUACGACGACACGAUUUCUGCGGUUUUGCAGUCUGAUGGAUGUCUUCGACGAGACCAUCUGGAUGCCCCAUAACCGUACCGUGGGCAGUGGCAAAGCCCCCUUCUUUCACCAUGUCUCUUUUUUCUGUUUUCCCGACAUAUGGAGCAGUACUCACCCAUGCUUGGUUCUUCGACGUCUUGGUUAAAUGGCUGGAAGGAUGCACGAUCACGCGUUGAUGUUUAUCUCAAUCACUUUGCAUAUUGGGUUUCUCUCUGGUGAUAUUCCUUCAUAUUCCAUUCAUUUACGUGAGGUGCGGUGUUAAGUUGCUGCCUUCAGCUGUCUUCACUUCAGAUGCACUCUUCCCUCUUUUGCUUCAAUAUCUUGUUGGCUGCUUGA